AUGGGCGAGAGAGCUGGAGAAGGAAAUAAUGGAGGAAAAGUAAUAAUGGACGCGGAGGACAAGAGAAAGGAUAGGUGGGGAAGCAUGAGCGAUGACGGGGAGGACAAGAGGAAGGAUGGGUGGGGAAGGAUGAGGAGAAAGAAUGCAAAGCGAGAAGUGUCGAAGGUGCAGAGGAGGGAGGGUAAAGGAAAACGUGGGUGGAGUGGGAGAGAGGCUGAGCGGCGCGAUGAGACGCGGCCAAGUGGGAGUGGAGCGGGGGUGGGGCGCGUGCGUGGGCGUGGCGUGGGCGGCGUGACGUGGCCGAGCGGCGCGGCGCGCAGAGUUGGGUGCGUAGCUACCAGAUGUCCUCGCGGGGUGCGGCGCUGCGCUGCGCUGGGCGGCGCGGGCGGCGCAGGCGGCGCGGGCGGUGUUCAUUGUGGCUGUUGGCGAACCAAUGAUAUUUUUCAAGUAUACUUCAAAAGGAAGUCACAGGAGGGGUGUAACCGCGAGCUGGAAGCGCGGGCAACACGCCCGCAACACGCCACGCAACACGCCUCGCUCGCACGCGCCUCCCGUCCCGCCACCCGGUCCCGCCACCCGGUCCCCGCACAUCCGGUCCCGCCACCCGACCGCCCCGCCCGCGCCGCGGCCCUUCCAUGCCGCUCCAAUCCACUCGGCUCUGCCCGUUCUCGCCAGUCCGUCCUGCCCUGCCUGCCCCUCCCUUCCCUCCUCCCACCCGCCGCCCUCGUGCCGCCGCACGCCCCGCCCAAGCCCGCCUGCCCCCUGCCUGCCAUGCCUGCCUGCAGCAGCCUGCGGCUCCCCGCACCCCCGCACCACCCGUCGCGCUCCUUGAUGCUUUGCCCGCCCCGCCGGCCACGCCCCGCCCGCCACCGCCCCUCCGUCACGCUCCGCCUGCCGCGUUGCAGAAGAGCCCUGCCUUCCCGCUCUGGACGCGACGGCGAGCGCGACGCGCGCGCGCGGCGCGACGGCGUCGCUAUUUCGCCGGGGCAGCCUUGGGGCGCGCGGCGGUGGGCGGAGGCAUUGACCGGCGCACGGGCGGAUCGAAAGCCCGGUCUCGCCCCCGCGCCCGAGGCGCCGCUCUCCACGCCCUGCGACGCCUGGAGACAGUGUAAGGACGACGACGACGACGACGACGACGACGUCGGUGGCUGCGCGCUCGUCAUAUUGCAACUUUUGCGCGCGCUGGAGGGGCUCAUCCCCGCCCAGAAGGCUUCUAAUUAA